AUGGAAAUAAUUGAGCUUCAAGAACUCCAAACAAUGCAGCUUUGUUUCCAGUCUGGCAAUGUAUCCUGCCCUAAAGAAAUCCGUCCAACAGCAAUCUAUGUAAUAUUGUAUAUUUUUUUGACUGGUGUGGUGAUGCUUACAGUGUGUGGAAACCUUGUGGUGAUCAUUUCCAUCUGUCAUUUCAAGCAGCUCCAUACACCAACCAACCUCCUUGUGCUUUCACUUGCUGUAACAGAUUUUCUUAUAGGAGCAAUUGUGAUGCCUUUCUACAUGAUUCAGUCCAUAGAAUUCUGUUGGUAUUUUGGUGACAUAUACUGCUCAAUGCACUCUAUAUUUGGUCUGUUGCUGACUUCAGUUUCUAUUAGUAAUUUGGUAUUUAUUGCCUUUGAUCGAUAUGUUGCUGUGUGUGAUCCAUUACUUUACUCUACUAAAAUAACAAUUCCUACAACGUGGCUGUUUGUUGCAGUUAGUUGGCUCUUUUCGCUAUUUUACACAAUGUUAGUAACUUAUUUUAAUACUGAUGCAGGACUAUAUUCUUGUCCUAGAGACUGUUUGAUAGUAUUUGAUGCAACAUGGGGGGUAGUAGAUUUGGUGGUCACAUUUCUCUUGCCUUGUUCUGCAAUGGUUACUCUGUAUACAAAAGUGUUUAUAGUUGCAAAAAGGCAUGCAAGAGUAAUACAGCAAAUUAGUUCUGCUGAUGGAAGCAAAGGCAACAUACCUAAAAAGUCUGAAAGAAAGGCAGCAAAAACAUUGGGGCUUGUAGUGGCUGUCUUUCUUCUUUGCUGGGUACCAUAUUACAUUUACACUGUUGUUGAGGCAUACAUACAUUUUACUUCUCCUCCAAUAGUGACAAAUGCUCUCACAUGGAUAGUUUGUUUUAACUCCUGCAUGAAUCCAAUUAUUUAUGCUUUGUUUUAUCCCUGGUUUAAGAAGUCACUGGAACUCAUAUUAACAUUCAAGAUAUUUCAGCCAGCAUCCUCUCUAAUAAAUCUGUUUCCAGGAAACCACUAG